GACACACACACUCACAGAGACACACACACACUCACAGAGACAGAGACACACACACACACACACACACACACACACACCACAUCAGUGUCAGAAGAUGGCGACUGCAGAACCGGAAGUGACCCAGAUUACAUCGAAUACAGAAGAAGAGCAGAACGAAGCUGCUGGCCAAGAAAUUGUAAAUCCUGAGGAUUACAUUAAACAUCCACUACAGAACAGAUGGGCUCUAUGGUUCUUUAAGAAUGACAAAAGCAAAACCUGGCAAGCGAACCUGCGACUUAUCUCAAAGUUUGACACAGUCGAAGACUUUUGGGCACUUUACAAUCACAUCCAGCUCUCGAGUAACUUAAUGUCUGGAUGUGAUUACUCACUUUUUAAGGACGGAAUCGAGCCCAUGUGGGAGGAUGAGAGGAAUAAACGUGGUGGACGCUGGCUCAUCACUCUGACCAAACAGCAGCGCAGAGCAGAUUUGGAUCGCUUCUGGCUCGAGACGCUCUUGUGUCUGGUGGGCGAAGCUUUUGACGAUCACAGCGAUGACGUGUGUGGCGCCGUCGUCAACAUUCGAACGAAAGGAGACAAAAUCGCAAUAUGGACGACGGACUACGAGAACAAAGACGCAAUCGUACACAUAGGGCGUGUGUAUAAGGAAAGGUUAGGCGUUCCACCUAAAGUCAUCAUCGGAUACCAGUCACAUGCAGAUACGGCCACGAAGAGCGGCUCCACCACCAAGAACAAGUUUGUUGUCUGAAAACUGCAGCAAUCCUGUUUAAGAAAAAAAAACCCAAACAAAAUAAAUUUUCAUCUUAACAGCCGACUCGACGAAAUCGGAGCGUUCUUGUUUCCAGGACGAUGUGGAAAAAUCUUCGGACAUUUAUUGAGACUAUAAAAGCGGUGUACAUCUUGUACACCUGUACGGUGUAUAAACACCAGACCAUGUGAUUGUUUUUGUUUUUUUAUAUUUUCCCUUCUUUUUUUUAUUUUUUAUUUUAUUUUAUUUUCAAUGUCAUUAUUCCGUACUAUUAAUUACGAACCGAGACUUAAUCUCAUCGUGUUGUGUUAUUUUGAGUGUUCAAUUAAAAAAAAGUGUUAAUUUUUAAAAACACGUUACAUUUAAGGCUCUUUUGAAUACUACACUUUCAAGCUAAUUUAUUUCUGUGUUGUUUUUCUUCUCAUUUACAUUUUAGUUAAUUUUAGAGUGAUUAUAAUUUCGAUGAUGUGUUAAGACACAUUGAGGGUUUUUUUGUUUACUUUCUUUAGUGUUGUACAUCUCUGAUUUUUUUUGUUGUUUUUGUUGUAUGUUUUUUCAUUUAAUGAUAAAUGAUUAUAAAGAGUUUGAGAGUUCAGACAGCUCCUGAUUCAAAGAUUUACAGAUAAAAGAAAAGAAAAAUGAUUAUGAGGAUCGUUUGAGACGAGUGUAAAUAAAUUUGUACAGUGAAUUGUCUUAA